AUGGGGGACUCCUUAGAGGAUUUAAGGUCUAAGAUUAUUGCUUCUAUGGGUAGCAAUAAUGGCGAAAAUAACGGACAAAACACAGCUCGAUUUCAACCCUCAAAACCAUCGAUGAGCAAUAGCAGCAAACCCGCCCAGCGAAGAGAUACGAGAGGUUCUCAAUCUGUCGAAAGAAGACGUGGGGACGAAAACCGCUCUAGAUACGGCGGGAACUCUAGGAACUAUGGAGAAUCAAGGUAUCAAAGCGGAGGCAGACAGAGAAUUCAGCAAAAUCGUUACUAUGAAAAGAAGAGUCUACCUCCAAGAAGACGGCGAGAUGAGGUAGACUGGGAAACGGUUGUAUCAAUUGAUCAAAGAGUCCGUAUGAGACCAACAAGAUGGGAUAAGCCACCAAGUGGUUUUGAAAAGGUUCCCGCAGAGAGAGCCAAGUUAUCUGGUCUAUUUCCAUUACCAGGACAACCUCAGGACUUAGAUGAAACGAAAUUGGAAGGCAUAGUUUCCAGCGGAGUCUUGACCAGAAGAACUAGAAUAUUAUUUGAAGAUCCAACGCAAACGAAUAUGGCUCUGACUAGAUCAAACCGUCGACUGGUGAUCACCAGUGUUGACCAAGAAUUCAAUUCAGAUGAGAAGGUCGUGCUACAGUUGACAGAGUUUGUCAAGGAAAUAGAUGCCUCACAAGAGUUAAUUUCUCACUUGUGGCUUCAAAGCAACAGGCUUAUGCUAGAGCUUUCGAGUGAAGAAAUGGCUACCAUCGUUCUCAGUUGUCAAAAAUUCAUUGAAAACAAAAUGCAGCGGAAGUUUAUAUGGCAGCGACCAGGAGAAUUUGUCGGGAAGAAAAAAGUCGACGACCCGAUAUGUGGUACUGAUGUUGUUGCAAUAUUAGACACUGGCGCUGAAAAUGAAACUACAGCUAAGAAUAUCUUGCAGGAUCACCAGGUUGCAUACAAAUGGAUGAGACUUAUAACGAUAGGAUCCGAAAAGGAAUCUACUGGUACCAUAUUAUUCGAGCCCCAGGGACCCACUGAGUCUGUUCAAGAAUUGAAGAUAAUCAAACCCAACGAAUCAAAACUCAAUCAGGAUUUUGAAGAGAUCACAUUUCAGAAUCUUCCACGUCUCGUCACCAGACCGGAUCACGAAGCAUCCAAGGUCAUAUUACUUCUGAACUGUGUUGAUCCACUCGACCUCAAAAACGAGGAGUUUGUAUCUGAAAUAAGAGAUUCAAUGGAGAACUCGUCUCGAAUUCAUGCCUUGGGCGAAGUCGAAAGUGUCAAGAUUCCGGUACCUCGUGCUGAUUACAGAGUCAGUUUCGAAACGAUUGGAGAAAAUGUGGGUAAAAUUUAUAUCAAGUUCAAAGAGUUGGAUUCUGCUAAGAAGGCCAUGCAACAACUACCCGGUUCGAAGUUCAAUGGCAGAACCGUUCUUUGCACGUAUUUCAGCGAGAGAGACUACAACAUGGGCGUAUUGUAA